AUGAGCAGUAUUACAACUUUCAGGUGUGUACUUGACCUCUCUAAGUGUCCUUUCAUUCAGGGAAAAAUGGGGUUUGCUCAGCCCAAGGAUGCUGGUUUUUCAUUUAGCCAUGGUAUCAAUCGUCAUUCGACCAGCCUCUGCGUUGUUGGAAGCACAAUCCCCACUCCCGACCCCGCUAUUAAGGAGAAGGCUUUCUGUGCUCUGGAUAACUUAAAUGCAAGGGUUGAAAACCAGGGCCAGAUUAAGAUGUCCAUCAGUGGAGUGUGUCGGGAGACUGUGUCACAUUGCUGCAACUCAUUUCUGCAGCGGGCCGGAUUGAAUUUGUUAAUAAGCAUGACAGUUAUUAAUCACAUGCUUGCCGAGUCCGUUUCAGACUUGAAGUUCCCUUUGAUAUCCGAGGGAAGUGGAUGUGCCAAGGUUCAGGUCUUGAAACUGUCGAUGGGUUUGUCUGAAAAGCCAGUCUUGGCAGGGGAAUCGCUGGGUGCCCAAACGCUGCUCUCAUUCGUGUCCCUCUUGAUCAGGAACGGAAACACACAGGCUCUCCCCGACACCCUGGCCUCUUAGAUGGCCGCCUCGAGCGGAGCGGAACGGAACGGGACGGAAUCCACCCAAAAGCCUGCUGGUGAACACACCCUCGUGUUCUCAUUCAAAGAGUCUGCAGUGGGUGCUGUUGGAGAUCCAGCCUUAGCCAGUCACCGCAUCACGGGGUGCAAGUUACACUUGCUACGUGGAGGACCACACUCUUCUGGGCCAGGCAGGGGUCCCCCCAGAGCUCGGAGUAACUUCUUGGUUUUGCAGUCUGCAGGCCGUGUGCGCUGUCGGUUACUCCCUUGCGGCCUUCCUCCUGCGGCAAAGGGAUCCUUUCAGCCGCCAGCCGUGGCUACGGAACAUCCUCUAAGAGCAUGGCGAGGGAGGCCUUGCCCGUGGCGGUCUCCCUGUCCAAGCUGGGCCGCUUUGUGGAGACCAGGCACGUGUCGGGGCUCGUGCUGGAAACGCAUCUGUUGCCGCUUAGGUCGAAUUCUUUCCCAUUUACUCCUUCUUCUAUGCGAGCUGAUGGAUGGAGAACCUGUGCGUCCACGAAGGACACGCCCCUUGUCUGUGCUGUACUGACUUAACCUCAUCCACCCAGGCCUACGUUUGUAUGUAUCAUCAAUAAAGUUGUGCGCUUUGA